GUAGCAGCCAUCAUUUCACUCAAUACAAGCCUCUAUGCUAAAACAGACACGGAGAGGACAUAUAGCCAUGGAUUUGCACGGGAAUACCGACUGAAAGAAACAUUCUCGCUCCACUCCUUUGCCUAUGGUUGGUUUUCCGGCGUGUAUUCGCUGCAGGGCAUUGUGAAGCAGUCUACAGGAGUCGGGUGGUUGUGGUGUGCUCAGCUAGCUGCCGGUCUGACCUGGUUUCCCAGCAACCAUUGGCAUAAAGACAUUGGCCUCUUUCCUACUGGAGGGGCAUAGGUGAAGGAGUGGACCCGGACUCCUCUCUUAGUCUGUCAUUUGCUUAAUUUUGUGUCAAGAGGUGGAUUGAGGUGCUAACAAGACCACCCAGAGCAUGGGGCAGAAGGUUCCGGGAGGCAUAAAGACGGUGGACAUGCGGGACCCGGCGUUUCGGCCCCUCAAGCUAGAGCUGCAGGCCCUGGAUUACACCAAACCAUCCCGCCUGGAUAUGUUGUUAGACAUGCCAUCAGCCUCACAAGACAUUCAAGUUCAACACUCGUGGAACAACGAUGACCGAUCGCUCAACAUCUUUGUUAAAGAGGACAAUAAACUCAUAUUUCACAGGCACCCCGUAGCACAGAGUACAGAUGCUAUCCGGGGCCGAGUGGGAUACACACGGGGACUGCAUGUUUGGGAGAUCAGCUGGGCAAUGCGCCAGCGGGGCACUCAUGCUGUUGUUGGAGUGGCGACAGGUGAAGCCCCAUUGCAUUCAGUAGGAUACACUGCACUUGUAGGAAACAAUAGUGAGUCCUGGGGCUGGGACCUGGGACGGAACAAACUUUAUCAUGAUGGUAAAAACCAGCCCAGUAGGACAUAUCCAGCUUUUCUUGAGCCUGAUGAGACCUUUAUUGUGCCAGACUCCUUUUUGGUGGUCUUGGACAUGGAUGAGGGGACUUUAAGUUUUAUCGUUGACGGACAAUAUUUAGGGGUUGCUUUUAGAGGACUCAAAGGAAAGAAGCUAUACCCUGUAGUGAGCGCUGUGUGGGGACACUGUGAAAUCCGAAUCCGCUACAUCAAUGGACUUGAUCCUGAACCUCUGCCGUUAAUGGACCUCUGUAGGCGCUCUGUGCGAGUAGCAUUGGGAAGAGAACGACUGAGUGAAAUCCAUGGACUUCCCUUACCAGCCUCCCUGAAGAACUAUCUACUCUACCAAUGAUGAUAGUAGUGCCUUUACAAGCAUUCAAGGCAUAGCGACCGCCUCGGUUUCUCUCUGGGAUUAAUAAUCUUUCUGGCAAGCCUGUUUCAUCGUAGUUCUCUAUACCAACAAAACUGUUUUUACAAAUCCAACCAAGGACACCUCAUGCUUGAUGCUUUCAGGAUCAAGCAUGGAUUCGUCUCUUGCUUAACUCAUACUGGAAAUCCAACUGGAGGCUUAGGCCAAAAUCCUGUGGCAGAUACGAAAACAAGAACCCUUCUCCUCUCUAAUCAUGGCUUAGUAAAUCUUCAGCUGUUAAAGACCUUU